GAGAGAGUUCCCUUUUUUUUCCUCCCCCCCCUCCGCCUUCUUCAUCUCAUCUAUUGAAGCGAGGGAGCUGCUGCUGCUGCUGCUGGCUGCUGCAUACACGCAGGGGAAGAAAGAGUGAGCGACACACGCAUCCCGAGGAGGGAGAGAGAGAAGGAGACGGAGCCCAGGGAGAUCUUAAGAGACAGCUCUGCACCCAGACAGAAUGAUACAGCGCACCGAGACGCAGCAGCAGCAGCAGCAGCAUUAAGAUCAAGGCUUUCUCCAGUCCUCCUUUGCUUUGGCGAGAAAAAGAGACCGGGGGGAGUCUGGGUUUUCUUCCAGCGGCCGGAGAGCAAUUCAAGCCGCCGGGGGAGAAGCAGCAGAAGCCGGAGAAGAAGCAGGAGAAGAAGAAGAAGAGAGGUGGGGGGGAAGGCGAGCCCGCGGAGAUUCCCUGGCCCCUCUCACCCCUCACACACUGGAUGUGGGAAGCAGCAGCGGCCAAGACCUCCGGAUCCUCGCGAAAUGUUGCAAUGGAAGGCUCGGGAUCUGACUCGCCGGGAGCAGCUACAGUUACAGCAGCAGCAGCAGCAGGAGCAGCCAACGCGGUAUGAAGAAGUGGUCUGUCAGCAGCAGAGGAUCUCCGCCAAGCCAGGCAGCAGUCCCCGGUCCCCCUGGAUCGUCCCGCAGCAGCAGCAGCAGCCCCAGCCCCAGCACCCUGGAGGGAACCGCCGAGGACCCAGCCUCUGGGUCACAAAAACAAGAGCAGCAGCCCCGGCUCUGCGGCGGCAACAUGGCCUCAGCUGUUAAUGCUUCGGAGCCGGAGACCAGCGGCGGCGGCGGCGGCGGCGGCUGUUACAGAGAGCCAGAUCGGCCGGGGAGGAGCGGCAGCAGGAGGCGGAGAAGGACCGGCGGGAACAGACGCGCCGCGCCGCCCGAUCUGGAAUAUCUGCAGCGGCCGAGCUACUGUGAUGCGGGAUUCGCCUUGGAGCAAAUAUCAAAGGGAAAGGCUACUGGAAGAAAAGCACCACUGUGGCUAAGAGCAAAGUUUCAGAGACUGUUAUUUAAACUGGGCUGUUACAUUCAAAAAAACUGCGGGAAAUUUUUGGUGGUUGGCCUUCUGAUCUUUGGGGCUUUUGCUGUGGGAUUAAGAGCAGCCAAUCUCGAAACUAAUGUGGAGGAACUCUGGGUAGAAGUUGGUGGACGAGUGAGCCGGGAGUUAAGUUACACACGCCAGAAGAUUGGAGAAGAGGCCAUGUUUAAUCCCCAACUCAUGAUUCAGACACCACAAGAAGACUGUGCUAAUGUAUUGACAACAGAAGCACUCAGACAGCACCUUGAUUCUGCACUUCAGGCUAGCCGGGUACACGUAUAUAUGUACAACAGACAAUGGAAAUUGGAACACUUAUGUCAUAAAUCAGGGGAACCGAUCACAGAAACUGGUUAUAUGGACAAGAUUAUCGAACACCUUUACCCUUGUUUAAUUAUCACUCCUUUGGACUGCUUUUGGGAGGGUGCAAAGUUACAGUCAGGGACUGCGUAUCUACCAGGGAAGCCUCAUUUGCAGUGGACCAACUUUGAUCCCUUAGAAUUCUUAGAAGAGUUGAAGAAAAUUAACUCUCAAGUAGAUACUUGGGAGGAAAUGCUGAAUAAGGCAGAAGUUGGCCAUGGGUAUAUGGAUAGACCUUGCCUGAAUCCUGACGAUCCUGACUGCCCUAUCACAGCCCCCAACAAAAAUUCAACCAAACCUCUGGAUGUUGCCCUCGUUUUAAGUGGUGGAUGCUAUGGGCUAUCAAAAAAAUACAUGCAUUGGCAGGAAGAAUUGAUUGUUGGUGGCACAGUUAAAAAUGGUACGGGGAAACUGGUCAGCGCCCAAGCUCUACAAACCAUGUUUCAGCUAAUGACACCUAAGCAAAUGUAUGAGCACUUCAAGGGUUAUGACUAUGUUUCACACAUCAACUGGAAUGAGGAUAAAGCAGCUGCAAUUCUGGAGGCCUGGCAGAGGAUGUAUGUUCAGGUUGUCCAUCAAAGUGUCGCACAAAACUCCACUCAAAAGGUGCUUUCCUUUACAACAACUACCCUGGAGGACAUCCUAAAAUCAUUUUCUGAUGUCAGUGUUAUCAGAGUUGCCAGUGGCUACUUAUUAAUGCUUGCCUAUGCCUGUUUAACUAUGUUGCGGUGGGAUUGUGCAAAGUCCCAGGGCGCCGUGGGGCUAGCAGGAGUCUUGCUGGUGGCACUCUCGGUAGCUGCAGGAUUGGGACUGUGCUCAUUGAUUGGGAUUUCCUUUAACGCGGCCACAACUCAGGUUUUACCCUUUCUUGCUCUUGGAGUUGGUGUGGAUGAUGUUUUUCUUCUGGCACAUGCCUUUAGUGAAACUGGCCAAAACAAGAGAAUUCCGUUCGAGGACAGGACAGGGGAGUGUUUGAAACGCACUGGUGCAAGUGUGGCCCUUACAUCUAUUAGCAAUGUUACUGCCUUCUUCAUGGCUGCCUUGAUUCCCAUUCCUGCGCUCCGGGCAUUUUCACUCCAAGCUGCUGUAGUAGUGGUAUUCAACUUUGCCAUGGUCCUCCUGAUUUUUCCUGCUAUUCUGAGUAUGGAUUUAUAUCGUCGUGAAGACCGGAGAUUGGACAUAUUCUGCUGUUUUACAAGCCCUUGUGUCAGCAGAGUGAUUCAGAUUGAGCCACAAGCCUAUUCAGAGGUUGGUGACAACACCCGCUGCAGCCCUCCACCACCCUACAGCAGCCACAGUUUUGCGCAUGAAACACAGAUCACAAUGCAGUCUACAGUCCAGCUCCGCACAGAAUACGACCCCCAUACCCAAAUUUAUUACACCACAGCAGAACCUCGUUCAGAAAUAUCAGUGCAGCCUGUCACAGUGACACAGGAUAACCUCAGCUGCCAAAGCCCAGAAAGCACAAGCUCAACAAGGGAUCUCCUUUCACAGUUUUCAGAAUCUACACUACAUUGUCUUGAGCCGCCCUGUACUAAAUGGACCCUCUCUUCUUUUGCUGAAAAACAGUAUGCACCAUUCCUCUUAAAACCAAAAGCAAAGAUUGUGGUCAUUCUUCUCUUUCUGGGUUUGCUUGGCCUUAGUCUUUAUGGAACCACCCGGGUAAGAGAUGGACUAGAUCUCACAGACAUUGUGCCACGGGAGACGCGGGAAUACGACUUCAUUGCUGCCCAGUUCAAGUAUUUCUCAUUCUACCACAUGUACAUUGUGACCCAAAAAGCGGAUUAUCCCAACAUCCAGCCCUUACUUUAUGAACUUCACAAAAGUUUUAACAAUGUGACGUAUGUUUUGUUGGAAGAAAACAAGCAGCUUCCCAAAAUGUGGUUGCACUACUUUCGAGAUUGGCUACAAGGACUUCAGGAAGCUUUUGACAGUGACUGGAAAUCUGGGAAGAUCACACUGAACAGUUAUAAAAAUGGAUCUGAAGAUGCAGUUCUGGCUUACAAACUUCUGGUUCAGACAAUUUCAGGCAACCGAGACAAACCCAUUAAUAUAAGCCAGUUGGCCAAACAGCGUCUGGUGGAUGCAAAUGGAAUCAUUAACCCAAAGGCUUUUUACAUCUACCUGACAGCCUGGGUUAGCAAUGACCCUGUGGCUUAUGCUGCCUCUCAAGCCAACAUCCGUCCCCACCGUCCAGAAUGGGUCCAUGACAAGGCAGACUAUAUGCCAGUAACCAUUCCAGAAGCUGAACCUAUAGAAUAUGCUCAGUUUCCUUUCUACCUCAAUGGAUUGCGUGAUACUUCUGACUUUGUGGAAGCUAUUGAGAAAGUGAGAGCCAUCUGCAAUAACUACACUAGCCUUGGGAUUCCCAGUUACCCAAAUGGAUAUCCAUUCCUCUUUUGGGAACAGUACAUUGGGCUGCGUCAUUGGCUCCUCUUGUCUAUUAGUGUGGUUCUGGCCUGCACAUUUCUAGUGUGUGCCCUCUUCCUGCUGAACCCCUGGACAGCUGGAAUCAUUGUCAUGGUGCUGGCUCUGAUGACAGUAGAACUCUUUGGCAUGAUGGGUCUGAUUGGAAUAAAACUGAGUGCAGUACCUGUUGUCAUCCUGAUCGCUUCUGUUGGAAUUGGAGUGGAAUUUACUGUUCACAUUGCCUUGGCAUUUCUCACUGCAAUAGGAGACAAGAAUCGCAGGGCUGUCCUUGCAUUAGAGCACAUGUUUGCACCUGUGCUGGAUGGAGCUGUGUCUACGCUGCUUGGUGUACUAAUGCUUGCAGGAUCUGAAUUUGACUUUAUUGUCAGGUACUUCUUUGCUGUUUUGGCAAUUUUAACUAUCUUGGGUGCUCUGAAUGGAUUGGUGCUACUUCCUGUUCUUCUCUCUCUGUUUGGACCAUAUCCUGAGGUUUCUACAGUCGAUGGAAGGAGUAGGUUGCCAACCCCUUCUCCUGAGCUUCCCCCAGGCAUUGUCAGGUUUGCAGUACCACCCAGUCAUGGUCCUAAUGGGUCAGAUUCUUCUGAUUCUGAGUACAGUUCUCAGACUACAGUCUCAGGAUUCAGUGAUGAGCUCCAUCAGUAUGAAGCCACACAAAGAACCGAUGCCCCUGUUCGCCAAGUGAUUGUAGAAGCAACUGAAAAUCCAGUAUUUGCCAGAUCCACUUUGGUCCAGCCAGAAGCAAGGUAUCAUCAGCCAAGUCCAAGAACACAGACAAAUCAGGACCCUGCUUCACAGAACACAUGGCAUCAAAACAAGAAAUCCAAAAGAGAACCAAGGGAAGGACUCCGGCCACCCCCUUACCGGCCACGCAGAGAUGCCUUCGAAACUUCAACUGAUGGGCAUUCCUGCCCUAGUAAUAGGGACUGCUCUGGCCAGAGAACUCACUCUCAGAACACCAGAAAUGCAGCCUUCACUGCCACAGGUGCCUCAGUGCCACCAUACGGCCAGCCUAUCACUACUGUGACUGCCUCAGCAUCAGUGACUGUUGCUGUACAUCCUGCCAUGCACAGCCAUAGUACACGUGGAGGAGGCUUUCCAUCCUAUGAAGGAUACCAUGAAACUGACCGGGGACAGUUUGAGGACCCUCAUGUGCCUUUUAAUGUCCGGUGCGAGAAGAGGAACUCUAAAGUAGAAGUAAUAGAACUGCAAGAUGUUGAAUGUGAAGAAAGGACUCAUGGCGACAGCUCAGAUUAUGGGAAAUAACUGAGGCAAAGAAGAGGCCAAAGAUGGGAAACCUCUUUCCAGAACUGCUUGAAGAGAAACUGCUUGAAGUUACGGAAAAGGACAAUGCUGCAUCAGGACAAUAGUUCCCUGUUACUGUAACCUAUUGUAUUAUUUUGUGAAAUAUUUCUAUAAAUAUUUAAAAGAUGUACACAUGUGUAAUAUACAAGAGAAACCGUGUAAAGUAGUUUAAUCUGGAGUUGGUUUAACUCCUGUUUAACAGAGUGGGGACUAUUGUUUGUGCUCUGUACUUACUGUACAUUGAUCUCUGUGCCACAACUAAGCUUAAUGUAGUCAUAAAUUUCAGCAUAUGUUGUUGCUGCUUAAAUAUUGUAUAAUUUACGUGUAUAAUUCUAUGCAAAUAUUGCUAAUGUAUUAGGAUUUUUUGUAAAAGUUCUUAUGUGUGUGUGUGUGUGUGUAUUAUGUUAAAGUAUUUUUUAAAAAUUUCCGUAUCACAACCCUGUGGUAAUAUGAAAUAUUCCUGUUAAUUUUCAAACACGCUAUGCGUGAUUUUUUUUCAGAUUUUUAAUUAGCAUUUAUGAAGAGUAGUGUGUUAACCUUGGUGAGCAAAGCAGGCGUAGUUGUGUGUGGAUUCUUUUCCUGUGAUGUGUGUAUUUGUGGGUGUUAGACUUUGUAGAACACAGACUGUCAUGAACGUCUAGGACAUGCCCCUCUGAAACGAAUGUUGCUGCACAAGUCCAUGGCUUAUGGACCUCUCUAAUACAUAAUUGCAUGAAGAGACUAUCUCAGAAGGUUGUGCCUCUUGGGGUAAUCUUUGUUGGCCUUAACAUCCCUAGGGCUACAGCACUGCACACUUACUUACGAAUUAAUUGUCUCUGGAAUUAGUGAGACUUCCUCACAUGCAGCUGUAUGCAGGUGAGCCGCAGGUCUUUUAAGGAAUUUGUGAGAGUAUUAUUGGAGUUUAACAGCUGUUGCUAGCAGUCUUGUGUAAAAGGCAAGCUCUUGCUUUUCUCUAGGGAAGGUGCAUGAGCUGCCCUCAUAAAAAGAGGAUAGAUGUCACCUCCAGAAAGACUUGUGAAAUAUUUCCUUUCCUGAAGAAGAGCUUAGGGGUGGGCAAGUGCAGCAGGAUGGAUGCCAAAAUUUAGAGGGUGCAAAAGUUUGCUAGGGAAGGGUGCAAAUCCACCCAAUUCCAGUCACUCCUCUCUGGGCAAAAGGAAGCACAAAACUGGUAGGCUCACUGCAGAACCAAUAUGGCCAUUGAGUGCUCAGACCUAGGUGUUCCUCUCCAUUCUCCAUCCUCUACCUGCAUGUAUCAGCCUUAGGUGACCAAAGCCCAACCGAUAGGCAGCAACGCCCUUGGUUUCGAAAUCUCUAGUAAUAGCUUUGCCCAAAAGCAGGUAUAGGUACCACAACAGUGACUCACUGAUUUUUUUUCUAUGCACUUCAGUUUAUUGUGACUGCACAUAUAGCUGAGUGGAAUGAUUUGGUGAUAUUUCAAAGUUGUUCCUUGCAGAUGUGCAGUCUACUAGAUAAUUUCAGUAAAAUGAAACUCUGAUGCUCUUUUGUAAGUCCUGUUAACUUCAGUUAGACAAGUCGAUCUUGUGAAUUGUGCAUAUGGAUCUACUGGCUUAUUAGGUCUAGACAGCCGAUUCAGAAAUUACUUCUGGAGCAGUUGAGCAGGGUUCCUGUAUAUGGAACUUGCCAAACUGCCCCAGUCUGUCUCUCUGUCAGUUUUAAAAAAGGUCUCCAUAGCGUUUCUUCAUCAGUCCAAUAUGAUCAUUAAACAUGGUUAAAGUAGGAAAUCAGUUUGGCUGAGCCAGUUAUGAACUGGAGGCCCAUAUUGGGCUCACCUGAUGUGACCUUAUCAACAGUUAGUGUUUCCAGUUCAUGUAUUUCAAUGCUUACUUAUACCAAGACCCACUUUUGUUCACAGAUCUUAAUUUGUCCCUGGUUAAGGUAUCUGUCAUAAUAUCUGAUUCAGUACACUUUUUCCCACCUAACUUUGAAAAACCUUGGGUGCAAGACAGUUGUCUCUAUAUAGAUCUAAUAGGGACAUUCAAAAGAAAGCAAAAACACGUGCCAUUACUCCAGUGACACAUGGGCUACUGUUUAGUAGGUUGGUAGAAUUCUAUUUACUGGUCCAAUUUUCUUUCUGACAUGGUUUUUGACAAAGGCAAAUCUUGACGGUUUUCUUUCAAAUUGCCAUACCUCAAAGAAAUGGUAAUUUUAAAAUGCAACUUCUUUGUGUUACUCAUUGCUGUCUUUUAAAAGUAAUUUGUUAACUUUGUUACAUUGUUUGCUGCUCUUUUUUGUUCCUUUUGGAGGGAGGAUCCAACUAAAAGAGUAAGAAAAUGGCCCAAAAAUUUUUGGGGGAGUGGAAUUUCCCUUAAAGUGUUCACCAAUGCAUUUUCCCCCAAAGUAAUGAAUAAAAAAAGGAACAUCUCUGUGUGCAGAAAAUAAUAAUAAUGGAGAACCAAUCAUUAUGUUACUUUCAAAAGAAACAUUAUUAUGCCCUCACUGUGCCUAAUAGUAACAUGCUAUAGAAAAUGUAGUUACUUGUACUGUGUUACAUGCAAGCCCUGGGCAAAAAGGAUUUAAACCUUGGCCAGCAGUUUAGAGAUGGGAGAUGUUUUAAAGAAAAGAAAGUUCUGAAACAGAACUGUGUGAUACGAAUUGCAAGCUACCUUCCACUGCCAAGUGUUGGAGUAUGAGAGAGAGGUCAGUGUGGUCUCUCACUAAUAGUUCUUUAGGGUCUUAUCAAUCAUUCAUUCCCUUGUUACUGUUUUUAAAACAAGAAAGUAGAAAGAGCUUUGAUGUUCAGUAGCCGGUUCAUCUUAGUCUUCCUUAGUGUGUGUGUGUGUAUGUGUGUUAUGUUCAAUAGCCCCCUUCACCUUUGUGUGUGUGUGUGUAUGUGUGUAAGAGAGAGACAAUUUCUUCCCAUUUUGUAGGGUGCCUGCUCCUGGGUGCAUAGUGUAGACUAUUUCCUCUUUUUGUCACAUUGGCAAAAGGAGAUCUCAGUGGCUGGCUGAUUUUCUUUGUUUUUGUUUUUGUUUAAAAAACGUUAAUUGUUGAUAUUUAUAUUUUUGUAUCAUAAGAAUGUUUUCUUACAGUAUUUGUCAUGCCAGUUUAUAACAAACACAAUGCAGGGAUUUUAUUUCUAUCGGAAACACUACAGCUAUGUUUUUACUUUUUAAUGGAAUUUUUAUUUGUAUAGAAUGCUUACUAAUGUUAAAUAGGAAGAGAGUAUAUAACAUUUAUGUUAAGGACUCAUUUUGUAGCUUUUUAGAGCAAGGAGUUAAAAGGAAAAAAUUAUUCGGACUGGGUUUCAUUGUCUGCCUGUUUUUAGCAGGAAUGGGUUUGUGUUUCAGUUACAAAGAUAAAGGUAUGCCAUAUAAUUUAUUUAUAUGAAAAUUUAUUUUUGUAGUGUACAUAGUAGUCCUCAAUUCUUUUGACAGAAUUAUAUUUUUAAAGAGUUUAUAUGUAAUGAUUAUGUCAUUAUGUUUCGGAACAUUGCUGAGACAUAAAUACAGUGCACACUUUUCAUUAUAAAUCCCAUUUGUGAACAAAGAAAAGGUUAACAGUGUUAAAGAGAGUGUGGAUAUUACAUGUAAUUCUGAACUGUUUUAGGUUUACCAUUUUAUGAUCUAGUGUGGUUCUCAAUGAUAAAAUAAUGAGUGGAAAUCUGUACAAACUCUCUAAACAUUAAUGUUCAAACACUGAUAGAAAUUCUAACAUGA